AGUACUUGUUCUAACAAAUUUUCUUUACCUCUGUGCUCUGGUGCAACUCAAUGAUUGGUUGUGCUUGCUCCGUGGACAUACAAUGAUCCAAUAGAAACUUAACAGUAUUUAAAGGGCGGGGACUAAGGCAAGACAGAGCAAACGAUUAAGCAAUCAAUGACUGGGCCUACGCAUGAGAAACUGAUGUUGGCAUUUUUGGUAAACGCAACACCGCCACCGUAAAGAGGCGUUUUACACGUUAUUUUAUACCUCAAUAAAACCAUACUGGUUUUACAUCGAAGUUGAGCCUGUGGCUAAAGUAGUUACAUUUUAUUUUGACAUUUGUAUGAAAGACUCCGGAUAAUCUUAGCUAGAGAAUCAGUAUUGGUUUCGGAUGACAGUUGGAAUUGAUGUCUCGUUUCGCUUAUCUAAAUUGGCUGGCUGAAAUUGAUGUGCGAUGCGGCUAGCUACCAAACCCACAGAGCUAGCUAGUUAGCGGAAGAAAAUUCCAAGAGAAAACUGUUUUCACCCCUUCAACGCCAAGUGGUAUUUGUUUUUGACGAGAUGGUGUUUUACUCCUGAACAAAUGGCUCUCUUAACAUGACACGCGCCACAGUUUCCCCACUUUUCAACUGGACCCAAGAGAGGGACUUUUCCGAAAUGGCGUUAAAGUAGUGGUAAGGGCCUGCUAACCACCAAUUUCUCUUUUGACAUCUCCACCGGACAUAGCUAUUCUCGCAGGGAUAGACAAUUUAAAGGCCUGCAAUUUAAUGUAUGUUACUAGCCAACAGUGACCCUGCCACACUUACUUUGGUAGCUAACAUAGUGUGGCAGGUUCAGCUAUGUAGCUAGCUGUAUUUUAUUUAUUAUUUAUGAGAUCACAGAUCUAAAAUGUAUUGGCAUGCUGUUUACAUUAUUAUCAUAUAACUAGCUACAAUGAAAAUAGUCAGCUAAAUGAACUAAUGUUAAGUUUCCUCCCUACUCCAAUAAUGUACACACCAUAUAAUAAUCUCUCUCUCCCCUCAUGUCUUUGCAUAGAGCCCAGCAGUUGUAUAUGCCUGUCAAACAAUGUUCUAAGUCAGGGUUUCCCAAAUUAGUUUUUGCCCUAACAUUAUACAGCAAGGACCGAGUUUGGGAAACCCAGCUCUCAGUUAACACCACCCUUUCUGUCCCUGCCUCUCUUGUUUGUCUUGACUCUUGAAAUAGGGAUUCAGCUUGAGGCACAUUGUUAGAGUUUGUCAUGAAGGCGCUGGGCUCGCGCUGCGCCUUCUUCAUAGGGUUCCUGGUGGGGACCUGUACGCUCUAUGUGUUCCUACAUCAGGUGUGGUUCGAGAGGACCUUCUCAACACUUCAGCCCGAUGGCUUGGAGAAGACAGCGGCUCAGCUACAUGAGCUGGAGGAGGACAGCAAGAACUGGAAGAAGGAGAGGUCGGCCCUCUUCAACCUCAACCACCCACACCACAAAGGUACAGUGCCAGAGUGAGAUGGUAGUUUUAACAGCCAGCGGUCAAUACUAAGCUUCACAGGAUUGUAUUUAUCUUCUAAUCUUGACAGAUUUCAAAUAGAGCCACUGAGCCUGUAAUGUUACAUACAUUUAUGGCUGAGAUCACAAAUAGAAAUGCAUUUAUAAAGUGACAUGACUCAUGUACUUCCUUAUGUGCUUAGCACAUCCUUAUGUUAAGCACAUGGUUUUUAUCUUGCCUAGUCUAUCUUGAUAAUGCAUCUGAUCGUCACCAGUUUUAUUAAAAACUUUAAAACAAUCUUUAAUGGUUGUUGAGACAGGGAAGUGGAUGGUAGUUCCUGGUUAUCUGGUAAAUAAGUUAACGGAAGCAACCUUUGUUCCAAAGAGGGUUAGGGUUGGGUUGAAGAAGUAAUAUGGCCACGAUCAUGGGUUGCUGUACACAUUCUACUACUCUAUAGGCCUAUGUUCUGUUUGUGCACUCUUCUAGAAUACACUGUGUGACUGUAGUAAUUAAUGUAGUAAUCGUGACUCAUUACCAUAUUACAUAUCUACAGAUUUACAAUAGCUCAGGGCAAUGUUAAUUGUUAUGCCCAUAUCCUCUUAGAAUAAACAUUAGCAGUGUCUUCUUCUGCAGCCAAAUCCAACAGUGUACUGUAUUUAUCUUCAUACAGAGUGAAACAGUAGCCUAAUUGGUCAUAAGAUCAUGCUGUGCCUUUAGGCGGUAUUUCUAUAUAUCCCUAAAUACGCUUUAAAUUGAUAAAUGCAUUUAUCAUCCAUGUUAUUUAGAACAAUGGGGUCUUUGCUUCUGCAGAGUUUUGAGUAGGAUUUGAAGACAUGCAGACUGAUGGAUAAUAAAUUAAAAACUAAAUUCCCCCCCCUUCCAGGUGAGGACAGCCACAUGGCAGAUGAACUGUACAAGAAGGUGCGCAUCCUUUGCUGGGUGAUGACCGGGCCCAACAACCUGCAGAAGAAGGCCCGCCACAUAAAGAACACCUGGAGCCGCCACUGUAACGUGGUGGUGUUCAUGAGCUCUGUGGACGACCCAGACUUCCCCACUGUGGGGCUGGGCACCAAGGAAGGCCGCGACCAGCUCUACUGGAAGACCAUCCGGGCCUUCCACUACGCCCUGGAGAACCAUGGAGACGAGGCCGACUGGUUCCUUAAGGCCGACGACGACACCUACGUUGUCGUGGACAACCUGCGCUGGGUGCUGGCCAACCACACGCCAGAGGAGCCCAUCUACUUUGGACGCAGGUUUAAGCCCUACACCAAGCAGGGCUACAUGAGCGGCGGGGCAGGCUACGUGCUGAGCAAAGAGGCCCUUAAGAGGUUCGUGGAGGGCUUUAAGACCAAGGUGUGCACCCACACCACCCACGUGGAGGACCUGGCCAUGGGCCAGUGCAUGGAGAAGGUGGGGGUGGUGGCCGGGGACGCCAGAGACACCGUCCUCAGGGAGACCUUCCAUCCCUUUGUCCCUGAGCAGCACCUCACCUCCAAGUUCUCCAAGAGCUUCUGGUACUGGAGCUACUGCUACUACCCCAUCUCAGAGGUAAGUACCGGGAGGCUGUUGUUGGGCUGAAUAAGUAAGUUAGCGGCUUAGCUGUGAUUUUAGUUCAAUACUUGACGAUAUGCAGUUAUGUACAGUAACUAGCAUUCAGACUUGCCAUUAGUCCAUGAACUCUAUGGGUCAAAACCAUCAGCUAUUGUAGCUCCGAAACACUCAAGAAGUCAUGAAAAACAAAAAGUUUGUUAAAAAAAUCCAAUAGAAAGACUUAAAACAACACAAUAUUUAAAAAUGUACAGGAGCUCUCUGCCUAGGCUUCCUCAUGGUGCCAUGGCAACCACGGAACCCCAAAAUAUAAUAGAAUGAAAUAGAGUGAAUAGAACAGGCUUGGAACCUCUAACCCUGGCAAUUUGACAGGUAAACUAGUGUACACUUGCAAUGGCUGCCUGGUAUUGUGAUGCAAUAAUUUCCAUGGUAAUGUAGAAUGGUAACUGAUGUGGCUCAUGCAAUUUAAUGUAUUUCUUGUAAUGUCAGUUGAGUUGAAUCAAGAAAUCACAGCACAUAUUUUACUUCCUGCUUUGCUCCUAUGGGUACUCUCGCAAUGGCCGCCAGUCCGCCCAUUAUGCCAUCAUUGACUUGAAUGGGGAUGCCCGUUUUAUUCAUUUUAUUUUAAUGUAAUUUAUUGCUUUUUAUCCUGCAGAUUUUCUUAUGUGUGUGUGUAUAUAUGUAUUGCGCUAUUCAAACGGUUAUUACGGUAACCGUGGUCAUUUGGAUGGCCAAUUAGUCAUCCAACAUUCCAUGACGUUACAGCCCUAGUGGUAGACCUUUGUCAAACAUAACUACCAGACCAUAGCGUGUUCAAUAGACCAAGGCGUCAUGGACUAUUUACUGAAUAGACCCAACCAAGCCUAAGAUGACACCAGGUAUUGAUGAUGUCCUAGUGAAACCAGUGCUGCUGCUAUGCCUGCUAAUGAGGCGGGUAAAGCCUUUUUAAGCCUAAUUAUCAUUCACCUUAGUUUUAUCCUGAUACAAACAUGUAAAGCAGGAAGGACAAGGGACUGAUUGUGUUCCCACAUAAUAGUGUGUAAUUUUAAGGGUGUACAAUCACUGCCCAGAGUGGGUGUAAAAGCGCUUUAGUGAUGCAAUUUCACUUCCUUAUGUUAUAAAAUACAUUUUACCAAGACAAAUUAUGAUUCUCCAUGUUCUGAAUCAUUCAGUGGGGUCUUUCUCUAACAUUAUAUUCAAAAAGUCGGAUUUCGUAACCUAAUACAUCCGAUAAUAAACACUGCGCUCUGUUGACAGAGCGGUGCCGCUUCUCGCAGCGACUUUGAGGAUUUUACAUAUUGUGGUCAUCUGCAAAGUUGUUUCCGCGGGUGGCAAAAUGAAAAUGACGUGCAGAAUUACACUGAACAAAAAUAUAAACGCAGUGUUUGUCCCAUGUUUCAUGAGCUGAAAUAAGAGGCCAGAAAUGUUCCAUACGCACAAAGCUUAUUUCUCUCAAAUGUUGUGCACAAAUUGAUUUAUCCCUGUUAGUAAGCAUUUCUCCUUUGCCAAGAUAAUCCAUCCACCUGACAGGUGUGGCAUAUCAAGGAACUGAUUAAACAGCAUGAUCAUUACACAGGUGCACCUUGUGCUGGGGACAAUAAAAGGCCACUCUAAAAUGUGCAGUUUUGUCACAACACAAUGCCACAGAUGUUUCACAUUUUUAGGGAGGGUGCAAUUGGCAUGCUGACUGCAGGAAUGUCCACCAGAGCUGUUGACAGAUUUUUAUUCUUAAUUUCUCUACCAUAAGCCACCUCCAAUGUCGUUUUAGAGAAUUUGGCAGUACGUCCAACCGUCCUCACAACCACAGAACACGUGUGACCACGCCAGCCCAGGACCUCCACAUCCGGCUUCUUCAUCUGCGGGAUCGUCUGAGACCAGCCACCUGGACAGCUGAUGAAACUGUGGGUUUGCACAACCGAAGAAUUUCCACACAAACUGUCAAACCGCCUCAGGGAAGCUCAUCUGCGUGCUUGUUGUCCUCACCAGGGUCUUGACCUGACUGCAGUUCGGCGUCGUAACCGACUUCAGUGGUCCACUGGCACACUGGAGAAAUGUGCUCUUCAUGAAUGAAUCCCGGUUUUGACUGUACCUGUCAGAUGGCAGACGUUGUGUGGGCAAGCAGUUUGCUGAUGUCAAUGUUGUGAACAGUGUCCCGUGGUGCUGGGGGUAUGGGCAGGCAUAAGCUACGGACAACGAACACUAUUGCAUUUUAUCGAUGGCAAUUUGAAAGCACAGAGAUACCGUGACAAGAUCCUGAGGCCCGUUGUCGUGCCAUUCAUCCGCUGCCAUCACGUCAUGUUUCAGCAUGAUAAUGCAUGGGUACCAUGUCGCAAGGAUUUGUACACAAUUCCUGGAAGCUGAAAAUGUCCCAGUUCUUCCAUGGCCUGCAUACUCACAAGACCUGUCACCCAGUGAGCGUGUUUUGGAUGCUCUGGAUCGACGUGUACGACAGUGUUCCAGUUCCUGCCAAUAUCCAGCAACUUCGCACAGCCUUUGAAGAGGAGUGGGACAACAUUCCACAGGCUACAAUCAACAGCCUGAUCAACUAUGCGACGGUGAUGUGUCCAAAUGGUGGUCACACCAGAUAUUGACAGGUUUUCUGAUCCACCCCCUAACUUUGUAUUUUUAACCUCUACAGGAUCGGUGUUCUGUAUACGGAAUGGUUGAGCUAACGUGUGCUAAUGUGAUUAGCAUGACUGUUGUAAGUAACAGCAAACUUUCCAGGACCUAGACCAUGUCUUAUAUGGGCAGAAAGCUUACAUUCUUAUUAAUCUAACUGCACUGUCCAAUUUACAGUAGCUAUUACAGUGAAAAAAUACCAUGCUAUUGUUUGAGGAGCGUGCACAACAACAAACUUAUCAAGGCAACUGGUUUGAUACAUUCACCUCUGAAGGUAAAUAAUGUACUUACAUUCAGUAAUCUUGCUCUGAUUUGUCAUCCUAAGGGUCCCAGUGAUAAAAUGUAGCAGUUUUGUUUGAUAAAAUAAAUUUUUUAAUUCAAAUGUAGGAACUGGGUUCCACAGUUUGAACCCCUGCUGUCUGUGGCUCCACACCCACCCCGCCCGGCCAUCUAGAUGUGUGAACGUUAGUGUAUAAGCUAAUGCUCCAUCAUGUAUGACAUUCCUGGGAGUGUGUAAACUUACAUUCUUUAUUACCGUAUAAUUUUUGUAUGUUCUCUAUAGUUAUGUACUUGAAAAUGUAUCAAUUGACCAAUUUGGGAAGACUUGAUACAAAGUCCAGUAUUGCAACGCUUCACUGGAUCAAUAUGAAACUUUGCACACACGGCUGCCAGCUAGUGGCCAAAAUCUAAACUGCAAUAUAUUGUGGCCUUUCUCUUGCAUUUCAAAGAUGAACACUUAUUUUUUUGAAAACGCAUGUUUUUUUUGUUUGUGAAAAUGGGGAAAUAAAGUGUCCGAUCCUGAAGAGGUUAAGGUAUCUGUGACCAACAUUCGGUAAGUAUUUAGACCCUUCACUUUUUCCACAUUUUGUUACGUUACAGCCUUAUUCUAAAAUCAUCAAUCUACACACAAUACCCCAUAAUGACAAAGCAAAAACAGGUUUUUAGAAAUGUUUGCAAUUUAAUACAUUUUCGAAUAAGGCUGUAACGUAACAAUGUGGGAAAAGUGAAGGGGUCUGCAUACUUUCCGAAUGCACUGUAUAUCUGUAUUCCCAGUUGUUAAAUCCAUAGAUUAGGCUCUAAUAAAUGUAUUUCAUUGGACUGAUUACCAUAUUUGAACUGUAACUCAGUAAAAUCUUUUCAAUUGUUGCAAUUUCUAUUUUUGUUCAGUGUAAAUGUAAAAGGCUUUGAAAAAUAAAAAGCUUGCGGUACUCUUUGCUCCGUUGACAUUUCAGAGACGCUUGUUUUUCGGAGAAAUCUUUGAAAAAACACAGGAUUUUCGCAUGAAUAUGAAAAGCUAAUAAUCAAAUAUGUAAAUGUCUGGUCUCAAAAUCGAUAUCUAUCUUACCUCUGUUUUAUAUCCUCCGGCUGAGUUCAACGGUGAGCCUGUUUGUUUGCCUUAAUUCUUGCACAGCAUCCAGCCUAGCUGACAUUUUAGUUUUACUACUAAAUUGUUAGAUGAAGCAUUGUCCCCUGUCCAGUAUGUUGUUGUGUAAUGCUAAACCGAGCCGGUCUUGGACCGCCCUCACUGUCUGUACUCCUCAUUUUUCCUUUCCCAUCCUGGUGUUUUUCCCGUAGGGGCCAAAUUGCUGCUCGGACCUGUCUGUGUCUUUCCACUAUGUGGACGCGUCCCUCAUGUACCUGUUGGAGUACUACACCUACCACCUGCGUGCCUUUGGCUACAGGUACCGCUACCAGCCCCCAAGCCCCCUGGGCUAUAAGAUUGAGGCUUGGGAUGGGGCAGACGGGGGACACUCGUACUCCAAAGAGCAACCGGCCAUCCAGAGGGGGCCACUGGCGAGGGUGGAGGGUCCGUCCAGGACAGACAGGAAACAGGAAAUGAUGCCUCUUGCUGCAGCGGAGGAGAAAGACCCGCCUGCUGCUGCGCAGGAUGACAAGCAGUAGCAGCCUUGUGUGUCAGAGAGUGUGUGUGUGUGGGGGGUUGCUUUUGAGCGUUCAUGUUUUUACGUCUGUAUGGACGCACCUGCACACAUUUUUACAGAAGUGAAAAGACUGUGUCAACUGUGGGGCCUCCAAAGAAAAGUGCUGUUGUGAAGGAUUCUGUUGGUGGUGAAGAAUGUCUACUGUGACUGGCUGUGUGUUGGUUGGGUUGUCACUGGCACCAACCCAUCCUUUUUUAGUCCUAAUGUAAAAAAGUUUGAUACCACACAGACUCCAUGUUGAAAUGUCAACAGUCCUUAAUGUUUUCUAAAUAUUUAACAUGAUUGUUAUUUCAAAUACCUAUUUUA